AUCACUCGGCAUUCCAUAGAUAACAGCGUUACGAUGUACUGUGUACAACAACACCGUAAAAACUAUAUUAAUUGUUACUCCUACAUUUAUGUAAUAUACAAAUUAUUAAUAUAUUAUACUCGGACAGAGUGCGAUGGGAAUAAUUUUUAGUCAUUCGUCAAUCGUCAUUACUCGUUAAGGCUUAGGAUUAAAAUUAUUUAUUACAUACCGUUCUUAAAUUUUAAAUACUUGAAAAACACCGAUUGUGCAAUCGAUAUUGACCCUGUGAGACGAUAACGUUUACGGUUUUCAUUGUGAUUACUUAUUUGUUCGAUUAGACUUUAAACCGAAUGACCAGUUUUAGUCGACAGUUCGACACUCGACAGUGCAAUAAUACGAACUCGCCGCUGUUGUCGUUCUACUCUUCGUCUUGAAACGUUGUUGUUUGUUUAUUGUACAAUUUGCACUGUUUGCGAUGAGAUUUAGAGAAAAUAUACUUCAUCAGAUAUAAAUUAUUAUAUAUUGCAAUAUUAGCAUUUGUCAGCUAAUGGUGAAACUCUAUCAUCUGACAAUGAGUCACGACAUAGAGGAAACAGAGAGGUUGAUCACAGCCAAAAAUGAGCAUAAAGACUCAAAAUGUUGUGGUUUCUGGUGUCAACUUACACUGUCAUUGCUUGGCAUUAUAUUUCUUUUCACAGGAAUUAUCAUGGCUGAUUUGUGGCCACAGAUAUUUAACAACAUAAUGAAAAAUAAACUCGAAUUAGAAAAUAAUACAUUAACAUAUAAGUAUUGGAAACAAAUUCCAGCUCCAUUGCACAUGAGCGUAUACUUAUUUAACUGGACAAACCCAGAAGCUACACUACAAACCGGAGAUUUACCAAUAUUGCAACAACUAGGACCAUACGUCUUCAAAGAAAACCGUACUAAAGUGAAUGUGACAUUCAACAAUAAUGAAACAAUAACAUACAUGCAGUUGAAAAGUUGGGAGUUUGAUCAAUCUCUUUCAAACGGCUCAUUGUCUGACCAUGUUACCACAAUAAAUAUUGUGGUUAAUAUUUUGGGUGACAAACUACAAGCCUUGAAUAAACAUUGGAUAUUUGUUCUUACAAACUACUAUUUGAAACUGUCAAACAUUAACAAUCCAUAUGUAACAAGGACAGCUGGUGAACUAAUUUUUAAUGGUUACGAAGAUCCACUUUUGGACAUUGCAAUCAAACUAAAAGCUUUUAUUCCCAUCGACAUACCGUUAAAAAAAGUGGGAUGGUUGUAUGGUAUGAAUAUGUCUACUUCUUCAGAUGGCUUAAUCAAUAUGUAUACUGGAAAAAAUAAUAUAGAAAAUGUUGGACUAGUGCAUUCGGUCAAUUACAAAACCAAGUUGAAUGUGUUUAAGAAAGAUUGUAGUUAUUCAAAUGCUUCUGCAGGCGAUCUAUGGCCUGAACACACAGCAAUACAACCUAACAUGUCAAUUUAUAUACCCGGUUUUUGCAGUGCAAUUACUAUGCUAAGCAACAACCAUACAUUUAUCAAUGGCAUAAAAGGAGUUGAAUUUGUUGCUGGAUCUGAUAAUUUUAACAAUACUUGUUAUUGUCCAACAUCUGGAUGUCCGUUACCUGGUAUACGGCCAUUAAGUUUAUGUGGAGACAAUGCACUUCCUGUAUUCAUAUCGUUUCCACAUUUCUAUUUAGCUGAUGAAUCAUACAAACAAUCAGUAAUUGGUAUGAAUCCCAACCGGACUUUGCAUGAAUUCAAAAUAAUUUUGGAAAACGAUUAUUCAAUACCGCUCAGAGUAGAUGCUAGAAUUCAAUUUAAUGUCAAAGUGAAACCAAUCAAGGGAUUAAAAAUUUUAAAAAACAUGCCAGAAAUCUAUUUACCUGUGUUUUGGUUUUCUGAAAGUUUUGAAAUUCCACGCAAUAUGUCUGACCAAUUGUUGAUUGUUACAAACGUAUUACCAAUGUUUGUUCCUUACGUAUGGCUUAUAUUGGCAUUAGCCGGAUGUAUAAUGUUAGUCUUUAGCACUUACUUAUGGGUGAGCAGAAAAAAUGAAUCCUUCACCAUCUUGGACCCCUUGUGAUAAAGACACAAAUAUUUGUUUUGUGACGAUCUCAAUAUUCCUAAAAAAAUAUAUAUCAAACUAAAAACAUCACUUAGCGGAGAUAUAUUACCAUUUUUAACAUGCAAUAUUAAAUAAUUUUAAAUUUUACCUUAUCUUAAAUAAUUAAUAAGUUAAUAACGUGACAUAAUUGAAUAUUGAUUGUUUUCGUACACUUAACUUCACAUUUUUAAUCGCAUUUUUAAUUACAAUAUUUACCUAUUAUCUUAUAUAUUAUUUACUUACUUUAAAGAAAUUCUAUGUACUUUUUAUUGAUGUUAUUAUUAAUUUAAAUAUUUUUCUUCAUUGUCUAAAUAUUGUUAACAUAUUUUGAAAUUUCUGUUAAGUUAAAUGAGAAAUAUGCAAUAUGUAAAAUUUGCAUAUUAUAAGUGUACAAAACAUUUAUUAUAAAACAGAACAAUUUACACUUUAAUCCAUUUAAUGGAUAAGUGUAAAAAAAAAUUGACAAUGUGUAUAAUGUCAUAUUUUUUAACAUUAUAUUUUUCAAAAUGACUGCCAAUCCUUAGGAUUAGUGUACAAUUAUUAAUAUUUGUUAUGCCAUAUUAAAAUUAUUUUUGAUUAAA